UGAGAGUUGAAUAUUCAAAAUUAGAAUAAUUAAAAUUGUUAUUGAUAAGAUAAAUGCAUAUGUAAUAACAUCCUGGAAGCCUGCAGUGGCCUGCUUUUGGUUAGGAUCCAGCCUUUCCUCUUUUUUCGUCUCGAUUUACUCCUUCUCCCUUCCUCUUUCCUUACUCUCACUCUCAAUUUUCACUCAUAUCUCCAUUGUUUCUCUCUUUUUCUUAAAUGGGUCAUCGCCGGAAUCCUGGUUUUGUCUCACCUCACCGUCAACAACCUUCUCUCAGAACCAGAGCCAGUCACAUAUAGAAGACAAAAGAAAACAAUCUCCCCAUCGUUGUUUUUUCUUCUCCUCAUCCUUCAUUUGUCUACUUCCAACUCUUUUCUAAUGGCUGCAGUGUCUUACUUUACAACCCAGCUCCCAUUUUCCCUAAUUUCAUUUCUCCUCCUCCUUCUUCUUCUUCUUCUUCGUUCUGUUCAAUCUGAGCCCACCGCCGACAAGGCUGCUCUUCUUGAUUUCUUGAACAAAACCCCUCAUGAGAGUCGCCUUCAAUGGAAUGCUUCUGCCUCUGCCUGUACUUGGGUUGGAGUUGUCUGUGAUGAGACCCGGUCCUUUGUUUUUGCCCUCCGGCUGCCUGGUGUGGGGCUUGUUGGUCCGAUUCCGGAAAAUACUAUCGGCCGGUUGAAUCGGCUUCGAGUUCUUAGUCUCCGAUCGAAUAGAAUCACUGGGGAGUUGCCGGCGGAUUUUUCUAAUUUGGGAUUUCUUCGGAGUCUUUAUCUGCAGGACAAUGAGCUUUCUGGGAAUUUUCCGGCAAGUGUGACUCAGUUGACUCGGCUGACUCGACUUGAUCUUUCGUCUAAUAAUUUCUCUGGUCCGAUUCCAUUUUCGGUGAAUAAUUUGACCCAUUUAAGUGGGCUUUUCUUGGAGAAUAAUGGGUUUUCAGGUUCUCUGCCGAGUAUUCCCGCGGCUGCGACUAGUUUAACGGGAUUUAAUGUAUCGAAUAAUAAGCUCAAUGGAUCCAUUCCAGAAACCCUUUCGAAGUUCCCUGCUUCAUCUUUUGCCGGAAAUUUAGCGCUCUGUGGUGGUCCAUUGCCGUCGUGCAGCCCGUUUUUUCCUUCCCCUGCUCCGUCGCCGACGUCCGCCGUGAAACCACCACAAUUUCCCGUCGAGAAGAAGUCUAAAAGGCUCUCGAUCGCUGCCAUUGUCGGAAUUGUGGUUGGCGCUGCUUUCGUUGCGUUUAUAUUACUGUUUUUACUUAUGUUUUGUCUCCGGAAGCGCGAGCGGAGGCAGCCGGCGAAGCCUCCGAGUACGGUGGUUGCUGCUCGAUCUGUUCCAGUUGAGGCAGGUACAUCGUCGUCGAAAGACGACAUCACCGGGGGAUCAGUGGAGACGGAGAAAAACAGAUUAGUGUUCUUUGAAGGUGGGGUUUACAGCUUUGAUUUGGAGGACUUGUUGAGGGCUUCGGCAGAGGUUUUAGGAAAAGGAAGCGUUGGAACGUCGUACAAGGCGGUGCUGGAAGAAGGAACCACCGUGGUGGUGAAGAGAUUGAAAGAUGUGGUGAUGACGAAGAAGGAAUUCGAAACGCAAAUGGAAGCUCUGGGAAAUGUUAAACAUGAAAAUGUGGUUCCUCUUAGAGCUUUCUACUUUUCCAGAGAUGAGAAAUUGCUUGUUUCCGAUUACAUGGCCGCCGGCAGCCUUUCUUCUUCCCUUCACGGAAGCAGAGGAUCCGGCCGUACGCCACUUGACUGGGACAACCGGAUGAAAAUCGCAUUAAGCGCAGCAAGAGGAUUGGCUCACCUUCAUGUGUCGGGAAAACUCGUCCACGGCAACAUCAAAUCGUCGAACAUCCUCCUACGCCCCAACCACGACGCUGCCGUCUCUGACUUCGGUUUGAACCCUCUCUUCGGCGCCUCAACGCCACCCAACCGGAUCGCUGGCUAUCGCGCGCCGGAGGUUGUUGAAACCCGAAAGGUCACUUUCAAGUCCGACGUGUACAGUUUUGGCGUGUUGCUGUUGGAGCUUCUCACCGGGAAAUCACCGAACCAAGCGUCGUUGGGUGAAGAAGGGAUCGAUCUUCCUCGGUGGGUCCAGUCAGUGGUCCGAGAGGAAUGGACGGCAGAGGUUUUUGAUGUGGAAUUAAUGAGGUACCACAAUAUUGAAGAGGAGAUGGUUCAACUUUUACAAAUUGCCAUGGCUUGCGUCGCCACCGUGCCGGACCAGCGGCCGUCGAUGCAGGAGGUGGUUCGAAUGAUUGAGGAAUUGAACCGGGUGGAAACCGACGACGGGCUACGGCAGUCGUCCGAUGACCCAUCUAAAGGAUCAGACGGUCAGACGCCGCCACAAGAGUCGAGCACCACCCCACCCGGAGCUGGCGGACCACCGUAGAAAUUGUUUGAUGUUCUUUAUUAAAAGCCGUAGAUUAGUGCACAGUUGGUAAAUAAGCGGUUAAAGUGCGCGGCCGAAAUGGUUCAUCGUCACUGUGGUUGGCGGCGAUGUUCUGUUUAGGGUAGUUUUGUAAUUUGAAGUUAGCUCAUUUGAAUAUUUUUAUCCUUUUAUUUUUGGUUACAGCUGGGAGGAGGAUUUGAAUUGUUAAUUGGGUGAGUGAAGUGGAAGGGUACAAUGGUCAUAUUGGAAUUGACCAUUGCAUUAUUGAUUCUCACAUUUUUCUUUUUCUUUUUCUUUGUCUUUUAUUUUUUAUUUUUUGAGAUCAAAAUUGUAUUUCUAUUUGGGUAUCUUAUUCAUCAAAAAUAUCCCAUUCAUUUCUGAAAA